AUGAGUAAACUAGUACCAAGAGUCGACAGCUUGGCCGACGUGUACGUGGGAGCAGCAGGGGAUGAAGCAGUGCCGGUUGACCUCCGUCGUCGAUUCGAUAAUCUGAUCAAAUCUUUUCAGCGUCAGUACAGCCAAACGCCCGACUUUGUGUCUCGGAGUCCAGGCAGAGUCAACAUUAUUGGCGAACAUGUCGACUAUUCGCUGUACGAUGUUUUGCCAAUGGCGGUGACGGUCGACGUGCUUAUUGCGACUCGCGUGGUCAAAAACAACAGCGCAGAACCUAGCAUCAAGAUUGCCAACAUAAAUUCAGCGAAAUACCCUCCCAGAGAAUACACUAUCCCCAGCUCCGGCACGGUCGAGGUCGAUAAGAAGACCCAUUCUUGGAGUAAUUACUUCUUGGCCGGGUUGAAAGGCAGCUUGCCCUAUCUCCGUCAAAAGCUGGGUGAAUCAUUCAAACCCAACAGCAUGGAACUGCUGAUUGAUGGAAAUGUCCCUGCUGGCGGUGGUUUGUCGAGCAGCGCUGCUUUUGUCUGUGCUUCCGCUUUGGCUAUCAUGGCCGCCAACGACUAUGAGAUCUCCAAGCAGGAUUUGUUGGAUCUCUGCAUCGUCUCAGAGCGUGCCGUUGGCGUCUUCUCCGGAGGCAUGGACCAAGCUGCAUCUAUCUUUUCCGAGAGGGGAUAUCUUCUCUAUUGCAGUUUCUUCCCGAGCUUUUCUGCAGAGCAUGUUCCCAUGCCAGUUUCGGAUCCUGAAGUCACAUUCUUAGUCGCACAAUCCUUCGUCACAUCCGAUAAGGCAGUCACAGCUCCGAUCCACUACAAUCUGAGGGUCGUUGAAGUCACCCUCGCCACCGUAGUGCUAGCAAAGCUACACGAUAUUGCCUUGAAUCCGGACGAUAGCUCUCUGGGAUUCUGCUUGCGCAACUUUCAGGAGGAGAUUAUGAAAAAGGAAGGCCGCAGAAAUGAGUCCAUGCACAGUCAAGUACAGUCUGUGAUCGAAAUCAUCAAAACAAAGCUCGACAGGGACAACUAUACCAGGGACGACAUCGCCAAGCUACUGGGAGUAUCUGUCGAAGAACUGGAGAAGCAGUAUAUGUCCAAAUUCCCGAUCCGAGCCGAUUCUUUCAAGCUCAGACAGCGCGCGUUACAUGUCUUGCAGGAGGCUGAACGUGUCCAUCAAUUUCGAGACGUACUCACGAGAUCUGGCAAACUCGAUGGGGAGAAGCUUCAAUACCUUGGUGAUCUGAUGAACAAGACCCAAGUGUCUUGCAAAGACGUGUAUGAAUGUUCUUGUCCUGAAAUCGAUGAGAUCUGCUCGAUCGCGCGAAAAGCAGGGACAUAUGGCAGCCGGCUUACGGGUGCUGGCUGGGGCGGCUGUACUGUACAUCUGGUGCCUCAAGACAAGGUUGCUGCUGUGACUGAAGCCUUCAAGAAGGAGUAUUAUUUGAAGAAGUUCCCCGAUAUUAGCGAAGAAAAGCUCCAGGAAGCCAUCGUUAUCUCUAAGCCCAGCCAGGGUUCAUCAUUGAUCGUUGGCCUCGCUCUUGAUGUCUAA